GCUUGUGCAGGUCCUCCUGAACGCUCCUCCAGUGUCAUUAACGAGCUCACAGCCCCACAUGCCGGACGAGCAGCCGGAGAGAGACGGACCAACGCACUCAACACCCAUCAUGGCGCUGCGCGAGGAGCUGCAGAGACGACAGUUCUGGCGUGCGGUGCUGGCAGAGACCCUCGGUUCACUCAUUUUCGUGUCGGCGGUGUUGGGCGCUUCGGUACCGGGCCCCGGCGAUGUUGCUCAAGGGCCCCUGUACCCCGCCCUGGCUGCAGGGAUGGUGGCAGUGAGCCUGGGGCACUGUUUUGGGGAGAUGAGUGGAGCCCAGGUGAACCCUGCUGUUACACUGGCCUUCCUGGCCACCCGCCGGCUGGACCUGCUGAGGGCCGUAGCCUACAUCCUGGGCCAGUGUCUGGGGGCCACCCUGGGGGCUGGAAUCCUCUACCUGGCCCUACCACUCAAAUCUGCUGCCAAAUGCUACGUCAGCAAGGUGUCCUCGGAGGGUAAUGCUGGCCAGGCUCUUGGCAUGGAGGUGCUGGCCACCUUCCAGCUGGUCUUCACCAUUUUCUCUGUGGAGGAGCAGCGGCGGCGGGAGGGGUCUGAGCCCGGUAACCUGGCCAUCGGGUUCUCCCUGAGCGCCGGCAUUCUAACCGCGGGCCUUUUCUCUGGGGGCAGCCUGAAUCCUGCUCGUUCCCUGGGUCCCGCCAUCAUCACAGGAAUCUGGGAGCACCACUGGGUCUACUGGAUUGGGCCGGUGCUGGGGGCCAUCCUUGCCGGGGUGUCCCACGAGUUCUUCUUCACGGCCAGUGCCUCUCGGCAGAAGCUUGUGGCCUGCCUUACCUGCAAGGACAUAGAGAUCAUCGAGACGGCCAGCGUCUCCCGAUCCUCACUGUCCACCGUCACUCAGACUGCCAUGAGGGCCAAACAGGCCCACAAACACGACCACAACUAAGACCAGCGUGAGGGCAGACCCAUACUGGUGAGAAAAGAUAGACACCCCAUAAUUAUACCAGUAUCAGAUCUGGGACAAAUACGUAUUAGAUUUGGAUUCAAAUACUUUUCUGUGCUCUAUUGAUCUUGCCUGGUAUAAUUGAGCCUGCCAGUAUGACCAGAAGGCAGGGUUUGCACAUUUUGAAAGCAUUCCAUUGGUGCCAAUACACCAGACAAGAUCAGUAAAGCGUAGAAAAGUAUAUGUAUUUGACCCAGGUCUGACCAGUAUUCAUCAAAUACUAAUCAUUCGAAAGAAAGCAUGCAGCCAUACACUGUUCUGUACCAACCAAAGUAACAUGCACAAUUUCAUGUAGGAUUAGAGCAGAAAGCUGAGGCCUUACCAUAGGCUUACCAUAGCUAUGGUGUUACCGUAAGCUUUCCUCCAUAACCAUUAACUAUGGCAGUUCACCACUGGUGAGGGUAUGCUGUGAAAUGUCUUGUGACAAAUGUCUUAUAAAAUGCACAGUGUAAAUAAGAUUUGAUUAAUUCAUUGAUUGACCACUCUACCCAAACUGCUCCUCUGACUUAACCUGUCAUGUAUAUGUGGAAAACUAAGGUAUUGCCUAUUGCCGGAGAUAACGAUUCCUGUGGAGAAAUCCAACGAUAUAUAAUUUUCUACAGUACUAGAGGUCUUUGGCUGAGGGCAAACAGUGGACAGGGGCACUGCAAUUGUGUGGGGGACCCACCAAAUCAAGACAAAUUGACAGAUAGCAGUUGUGCUGCUCUGCACUUUAAAAAAUAUUUCACUGUUGUGUUUUUGUAGAUUUUGGACCUGUUGGUUAUUACAUUUAAAAAAGAAGAGUGCAAUAGCGCUUCAUUCAUAACAGUUUAUUUAUUUAUUAUUUAUUGUCCUUUCUGCAUGUCAUUCAAAUAGUCUGAAAGUCUGCGAAGCAUCUGGCAUUUUCACAGCAGCCACUCUGAUUGAGAAACUAGCCAAAGCAGCACUAUGUUCUUUCGUUCCUGUACUGACCUGCGAGCUGCAGGCUGAGGACAGAGAGUGGAUUCCUCUCGCUGCUCUAAGAGACCCACCAUUAGGCCCUUCCACGCUGCCUUUUCAGUAUGGCUUUUCAAAGAGGCAACAUGUCUGAGAGCUACGCGUGAAGAACCUAAAUGAUUGUGUAGGUACAAUGGUUUUCUCACAAAAUAUAUCAACCUAUUUGGUUCGGGUUUAACUAAUUAGCACGUGCAAUGGUUUUUCCAUCAAAUUUACAGACCUAUUUAGCUCUGGCUUGUUCCCGCCUUCAGUUCUGGCUAAUCUUAAUCCGUCUGAGAUGUGAAGAACCUUAAUUAAUGUGUUUUUCUUUCUUUUUUGUGUAACUUAAUUAGCAGGUGCAGUGUUUUUUUUUCCAUAAAACACUUCAGGGGAAAUGGUUGUGAGGGAUUAGUCUGAAUGCUGAUGAAGAAUAUUACCCAGCCGAUCUUGUUAUCUAGGGGUAAGAGGUGUCAAAAGCAGGGGAUGACGUCAAAAGAUGGCAAAACAGGCAGUUGGCAAUCUGACUAAACUGGAUAACUCUGUCAAUCCCAGUCCCGAAAACUGAUCUCUCUCAUGCAUAAAGCAGUGGUCUGCCUAUGUUUUACUGUACUGUUGUUGUUUUUUUGGGGAGGGGGGAGGGAGAUUUCUCUCUAUCAUAUGGAUGAUCACACAUGGUAGAGGGAAACCUCCUGUCAGAGAAACAGCAUUGUAGUCUAAUGUUUAUGU